AUGUUCUUCUUGUCCAAAAAACACAAGACCCCCAUCAGCACUUACACCGACUCCUACCGCCCGCCAUGCUCUGUCAAAAAGACCAUCAAAGAGCGAGCUCCACAGCAGCUCUGGAAAGAAAACAAGUUUGUGACGCAGGGAUUAACGAUGCCCCCAGUACAAAAUCCAGCAAGCCAAGGUCAGACCGAGCAGCUGAUUAAGGAGGCAAUGCAGGAGUACUACAGGAACACCAUCGACCCCGCUGCCUACCGGCCCGAGAAGUACUGGCUGGACAGGUCCGAAGAGAAGUACAACCCAGUUUUUGUCCAUGAGGACAAAUACACCACCUGGAGAACAGGUCCCUACAACAGCGCAGCCUGGAAUAAGCACUCCUCUUACCUCCCACUCCUGCCCAAGGAGACAAGGAUGGAGACCUUCCUGCACAGCAUACCCGUGGCGUGCUCCCCGAAACCCACCCGCCUCAAUCAAUGCGAGAAGUUGGUGGUCGCUGACAUGCUGCGCAGGCUGCCCAUGUACACCAUGACAGGGAGCGGACCCUCCCAGGGCUUCUACAGCCCCUGCUCUGGGCGCCACUACUGCCUGCGAGGGAUGGACUACUACAUUGACGGGGACCCUGCCAUCAGAAGGCAUCUCGAUGCACCAGGAGAGAGGGCUGAGUAUCCCAUGCUGCAGUUACAGCCUCAGAGCGAUGUUCUGUACAUCUACAGAUCGCCCCCAGCCAUCCUCCCCGUACAGGAGCCCUAG